CCACAGUGUGCAGUCAGGUGAUCAGACGCUGACUUAACAGCUUUGUCGUGAAUUUGCUGUCGUGGCCUUUGGUCUCGUGGCGUGGUCUGACUGACAGGAAGCAGUAAACACGUUUUGACUUCUGUAAACAUGGAAGUGCAUAAAGACGCUUUUGACUUGCCUUCUACAGUGUAUCCUGUAUGACAGGAUUCCUGAGAGCUGCAGUCACGAGUUUUUCCUGACAUUCAGCCACGUCCUCCGGAGCAGCGUGUUUCUGCUGCCUGAUCGGAGGAGAAAGUUGGACAUGUAUUGAUCUAAAAUAGCUUCGGAGUAAAACGCAAAAUGCCUUGUUUUGAGCAAGUAAAGCAGGGUUUGGAGAGCGCAGGGCAGGCGCACGUCCUGCAGUUUUGGCCGGAGCUGUGUGAGGAGGAGCGGGAUGUUUUCCUCGAGGAGCUGGCUCAGCUGGACCUGAAAGGGCUGAAGGAUCACUGUGAAGGGGCCGCGAAGGCUGCAGCCUCCCCGCCUGACAGUUUGGAUCACCACAUAGAGCCGAUCCCCCCUGAGUUCAUCGGCAGCGUGAAGAAAAGUGGGAGAGACUCUCUAGAAGAGUGGGAAAGACGAGGUAAAAUACACAUUUGGUGCACGAGUAACGCGUUAAGACACGGAGGGGGGGCAAACGUACAGACACUACCCUCUGUGCUCUUCAGGUACAUAAUGACCAGUGAAUUCACUCUGGCUCCAACUGAGACUUUUUUUAAGGAGAACAACUAUUUUGGACUGGAACCAACAAACAUCGUUAUGUUUGAGCAAAGAAUGAUUCCAGCUGUGACAUUUGAUGGAAAAGUCAUCUUGAAGGAUAAAGGGAAGAUAGCCAUGGCACCAGAUGGUAAUGGAGGUCUGUACCAGGCACUGGUGGACAAUAAGGUGCUGGAGGACAUGAAGAAAAGGGGAGUAAAGUACCUGCAUGUGUACUGCGUGGACAACAUUCUGGUCAAGAUGGCCGAUCCUGUGUUUAUUGGCUUCUGUGUGAGCAAGGGCGCUGACUGUGGGGCCAAGGUGGUGGAGAAGGCGUACCCUACAGAGCCGGUCGGCGUGGUUUGCAGAGUACGAGGGGUAUCCCAGGUGGUCGAGUACAGUGAGGUCCAGCCACAGACGGCUGAACUGCAAGGACCUGGAGGAGAGUUGGUUUACAGUGCUGGAAACAUCUGCAAUCACUUCUUUACCAGGAGCUUCCUGCAGGAUGUGGCAGAGAAAUAUAAAGACCAGCUGAAGCAACAUGUUGCCUUAAAGAAAGUGCCCUUUGUUGACGCACACGGCGUUCAAGUCAAACCAUCCAAAUCCAAUGGCAUAAAGAUGGAGAAGUUUGUCUUUGACGUCUUCGAAUUCUCAAGGAACUUCGUUGCGUUUGAGGUUGUCAGGGAGGAUGAGUUUUCCCCCCUGAAAAAUGCAGAUGGCUCAGCCACAGACAACCCGACCACAGCCAGGAACUCUCUGCUGGCUCAACACUGCCGUUGGGUCACAUCUGCUGGAGCCACACUGUUGGAUAAAUAUGGGAAUCCCCUUCCUCUUCCCAGCGUGUCAGCUGAUGACAGUCCUCCGGCUCAAUGUGAGAUUUCACCGCUUGUCUCGUACUUUGGAGAGGGUCUGGAGCAGCUGCUGAAAGGGAGGACAAUUCAUACUCCCUUUGUUCUGGAUGAAAAGCAGACCAAAAAGUUGCAAGCUCAAUAGCUUUUUUUGUCAUUUAGAGUUUUUUGACAUUCCAAAACAGUGGAUUGCAGCUUAGAGGUGUGUGCCAGAACUGCGGCAAAGACUGCUCAGUAUGUUUUUUUUUGUUUUGUUUUUUAAUUUUGAAUUGUAUGUAAUGUUGAUCAUAUCCAAAUGUCACUUUGAUAACCUACAAUGUGAUGUUGUUUCCUGGGGGGAGAAUUUCUAAAAGAAAAAAGAAAUUGAUCCACAAAAAAUAAAAGAAUAUCAAAA